UUUUAGUUUCAGCGCACUGUGGACCGCUUGUGUUGCAUUGGACAUGAAGUUCCCUCCUGGUUUCAAAUUUGGCGCGGCUACGUCUGCUUAUCAGAUAGAGGGCGCUUGGAACGCCAGUGAUAAAGGUCGAAACAUUUGGGAUAGUAUGAUACAUAAAAACCCGAGCAUUAUCGAAGAUGGUACAAGUGGCGACGUGACCUGCGAUUCCUACCACCUCUGGAGAGAAGACGUCCAAAUUGCUCAUGAUUUGGGACUCCAUUUUUACCGAUUCUCAAUAUCGUGGACCAGAAUCUUACCCACGGGAUUUCCGAACAAAAUAAGCAAAGAUGGCGUGAGAUAUUAUAACAAACUAAUCGAUGAACUGUUAAAGAAGGGCAUCGAACCUAUCGUUACCCUGUACCACUUCGACUUGCCACUGAGCAUACAGAAUCUCGGUGGUUGGACUAACCCUUUGAUCGUGGACUGGUUCGCGGAUUAUGCGCGAACAGUAUUCUUAAUGUACGCGGACAGGGUUAAAACAUGGGUCACUAUCAACGAACCAAUGAUCAUAUGUGACUUUAACUACAAUGUCGGCAAUCUUGUACCACAGAUAACUGAAGAAUUCCUCGGUCCAUUCAUAUGUAAUAAGAACGUGCUGAUGGCCCACGCGAAGGCUUGGAGGAUAUAUGACGAGAAUUACAAGGAGAAGUACCAAGGUAAAAUAUCAAUAGCCAACAACCCGAUAUGGUUGGAAGCUCAGACAGAAAAGGAUGAAGAACUGUCAGAGAGAGCAAGAGAAUUCGGAGUUGGACGGUAUUCAGAUCCAAUAUAUUCCAAGGAAGGUGGUUGGCCGCCAACAAUUGAGAAAAUAAUGGCGGAAUAUAGCAAGAAACAGGGAUUCCCGUAUUCGAGACUACCGUCAUUUACUGACGAAGAAAAGAAAUUAGUUCAAGGUACUUACGACUACUUCAGCCUCAAUCACUACACGAGUCGACUAGUGAGAUCAGCUCGUGCGGAUGAGGACCCCGGUCUUUGGUACAUUUCUGGUUCGAGGGAGCUGAACCUGGUAUUAGAAAAAGAUCCGCAAUGGCCUAAAACUGACUUCGUAUACAUAGUGAUACAACCGGAAGGUAUUCGUCGUCAGAUCGCAUGGCUCAACAAGAGAUAUCACAAUCUCAGUAUACUCAUCACUGAGAACGGCUUAGGGACCCGCAGCAGUGAUAACUACGACACAGGCCGUAUCCACUAUAUACGGGACCACUUGAAACAGAUUCUUCUAGCUAUAAAGGAAGAUGGCGCGAAUAUCGUCGGGUACACUGUAUGGUCACUAAUGGACAAUUUUGAAUGGAUGUUUGGACAAUCAAUGAAGUUCGGCCUCUACGACGUUGACUUCUCGCACCCGUUGCGCAGGCGCACGCCGCGCGCCUCCGCUCACUUCUACAGGAACGUCAUCAAACAUCACUCGCUGGACGUGCCGCAUCCGUCGCACCAUUGGGACAAAUAUCGAAAAACGUACAAUAACGGAGUAACAAUCAAAUAUUCGAAUUGUUUUCUGGUUCUAUUGGUUCUCUUAGAACAUAUUAUCUGUAAACUUUUACUAAACUAGUCACAGAAUAGUUUUAAUCAAGUAAAAUCAAACACAGCUAUUUUUUAAUCUACUUACGAGUAUAUAGCUAUACUAUUAUAAAUAUCAAAGUAAAUCUGUCUGUUGUUCUGUUACGCUUUAACGGGUGAACCGCUCGUUGAACCUCUAAACCGAAUUUGAUGAGAUUUGAUGUUAAGCAAGCUUGAGCCCCGAGCAAGGUCACAGGAUACUUUUUAUGCCUAACUAACGAUCACAACACUUAGUGACUAACAACAAAAUGAGAUGCGACCCUUUAGAGUUUAGAACAUUUUUUUUUUUCAUUUCAUUGAGAUAGUAUGAUAGUAUUUUAGUGAUUGUAUUAAUAAUUAGGGGUGAUUGAAGUUACUUUGAAAAGUCAAUCACGAGAUAUAAUUAUCUAAGUUAUACGUACGUAUAUGUAUAAUCUACUAGCUGAGCCUGCAGCUUUAACCGCGCAAAAUUUAUAAAACACAAACUUCUAAGCCCCGUUUUACCCCCUUAGGAGUGGGGUAUCGUAAA